UACUGACGUGCCCUUGCUGCUAACACCCUGCUGUCAAAUGAAUGUGUUCUUUGACUAUUUUACUCUCGUCUUUAGUGGCCUGAGAUACAGUUGACACGCUUGGAAACGCGGUUUAGGGGUAAAAUAAACGUUUUAGACGUAGUAUUUACGCGAGAACACGAAUUAUUUCAGGUGUUUAAUAAGCGGAGAGUUUAUUAUUCGGCGCUACUCUGUUAGCUAGCUAACGGUUAGCACUGUGUUGCUUCAGCCGCCGGUCGCUGACCGAUAGCUAGCUUUGGCUUCAGGUAGCAGCGGUAAAAUGUCAUUUUUAAAGCGUUAAACAGUUUUUUUUUGUUUGUUUGUUUUGAACAUAAAUCUUAAUUGGAUGGUUUGUUGAAAUUAGUUAGCUCGCAGCAGGACGGUAACAGUUUAUGUCGGUAAUGUUUGGUUUGGAAACUGGGAGUUUUGUUAAAUGGCGGGUUGGAUGAGCGCGCGCCGACUGUGCAUCCGAGCAGCACUGUGUUCACGAGCGCCACUGCAGGAAUCCGGAGCGCGUGUCAGGCACCUCGCAGUUUGUUCGGUCUUGCUGAGGAAACCCCAACAAUGGACGCUAUGCUGGAACCAAAGAACGACUUCAGCAGCACCGACUCGAAGCUUCAUCAGCUUCGCCAACAAAAGGAAGCAGUACUCAGAGCGACGCAUCAUGGGAUACUCGAUGCAGGAGAUGUACGAUGUCGUAGCCAACGUGGACGAUUACAAACACUUUGUUCCGUGGUGUAAAAUGUCCCAGACGGUAAUGAAGAGAGCGGGCCAUGCUAAAGCGCAGCUGGAGGUGGGGUUUCCUCCGGUGGUGGAGAGGUACACGUCCAUGAUCACCAACGUUCGGCCACAUCUCGUCAAAGCUGUUUGCUCAGAUGGAAAACUUUUCAAUCACUUAGAGACGAUAUGGCGGUUCAGCCCGGGCAUUCCCGGAUAUCCCAGGACCUGCACGGUGGAUUUUUCUAUCUCGUUCGAGUUCCGCUCGGUCCUGCACUCCCAGCUCGCCAGUGUGUUCUUCGACGAGGUCGUGAAGAAGAUGGUGGCAGCGUUCGAGAGCCGAGCCGGGACACUCUAUGGCCCUGAAACUCGCAUCCCCAGAGAACUCAUGUUCCAUGAAGUGCAUCAGACGUGAAACAUCGGCUUUUUUAGGUCUUUACGUGGAACUGUUCUGUGUCUGAGAGCGAGAAUGUUUUUAGCUGGAGGAGGUUCUAAUUCUCCUAAACCUCUUCUCAGGCAUUAUGAUUAUAGUUAAAAUAGUAGUCAUCCUAAACCUUAAACAUUUUUAAAAAUAGAUAUUAUUCUCCUAAUUGUAAGACUUGAGAACAGCUGUUAUAAUGCUAGUGACGUUUUAUGUGCCAUCUUGGAUUAUUUAUUGCACCAAACUGUUAUGCUGUCGAAUGCUGUAAUUAUUGUAAAGUGCAAUUUGAUGGGAGGAAAAAGAUUUUGUUCCAAUUUCACUUUAAGCAUGAUUGUGAACACGGGUGAUACGGCGAAGGCAUCGUAUGUAUCAUAGCACGUCUUGUAGACAUUUUCGUGAGGCCCAGCACACAUCACUGGAGCCAUCAGGUAUGGUGUAUAACGUGAUGAUCGUCAUGUCAUCUUAUCGCCCAGCCCUGGUGCACAUAUUUCAAAAAAGAUCUGAUCAUUAUAAUAAACACAGUAAAUAUAACAA